AUGGCGUUGUCCGAAGUGUUACAGGGUCUCGGGACCUCGCAGACGUUGUUGACUGUUGUUUCCCUUGCAUUGGGCAUUCUCGCCGCCUACCUCUAUUUCAAUCGAGCUCUUCCUGAAGGUGCACCGCCAUUGAUCAAAGGAGACUGGCCUCUAAUCGGACCUAUAAAGUUCUGGACCAGACGAUGGGAUUUCUUCAAGGAAGCAGCGAAAAUUUCAGCGAAUGGCAACUUCUCUUUCCAUGUCGGCAACCAUGUAGUUGUAGGAGUAUCUGGAGAUGAAGGCAGACGGUCUUUUAUCGAUAACAAACAUCUGGAUGCCACUACAGGAUACUCUACUUUGUUUGCCGGUUCUCCAACAGUGCCAAAGGCCAUUGAUUCGGACCAAGACGAUGUCGACGACCAACACUUUUUCAGGCGUCUCCUUGCCAUGCUGAAGAAAGAGAAUUUUGUCCAAAACCUGGACUCUCUGAUCGCAGACACACGAUCGCGCUUGGAAGACCUUGUUAAAGACCCCUCAGGCAUGACCGAUCCUUUCGAGAGCAUCUAUGGUGUCGUGUACCAACUUACCAUGCGAACGGUCGCGUGCAAUGAGAUCGCCAACGAUCGUGAUCUCUUGGACAAGACACUGGACAUGUUUGAGAAGAUUGAGGCUUCAUCUUCUGCAAAACUUAUUAUUCUCCCUUGGUUCCCCUUUCCUGGAAAACUCAAGCGUCUCUGGUAUGGAGCCAGACUCUACAUGAUCUUCAAGAACAUCAUCGAGGAUCGAGCCAAAAACGGACGCAGAGAAAAUGACCCACUGCAAUUUAUGAUUGAAAAGGGCGACAGUGUCAAGGAGAUCUUGACAUUUAUUCUCGGCGCUUUAUACGCGGGUCAAUUGAACUCUGGCAUCAAUGCUGCUUGGGUCAUCAUCUACCUUGCGAACGACCCUUACUGGCGUGGAAAAGUUUUCGAGGAAGUCAAGGCAAUGGCCGAGAGGUACGACAGCGACACCUCAAAGUCGCUUCCGGAAAGACUAGCAUCUGCGCCUCUCGAGGCUUGGGAGACCGAGUUGCCCUCAAUCGACCUCUGCUUACGAGACAGUAUCCGUUUGAACUUGGUUGGAUCCAUGUUCCGUCAGAACCUGUCAAAGAGCCCUGUCAAGGUAUCAGAUAGUGAAGAGAUCCCAGCAGGAGCUUUUGCAGCAUAUGCAAUUGCCAACGUACAUCUCAACCCUGAGAUUUAUGCCGAGCCCGAGAAAUGGGAUCCAUCACGCUACCUACCAGACAGAGCAGAGGACCAAAAGACGAAAUUUGCAUAUCUCGGCUGGGGUGCAGGUAGACAUCCGUGCCUCGGCAUACGUUUUGCCAAACUUGAGCAAAAUAUCAUCCUCGCCUUCUUCCUCGCUUAUUUUGACUUUGAUAAGCUGGUGGACGAACAUGGCAAGCAGAUUGCAGAACAACCCCGAGGCGACAUGAACAGUCACUCGGCAGCCAAGCCAAAACAGAAGAUUUACGUCAAGUACAGCGUCCGAGGAUGA